AUGCAUCUCACGAUCAACAGCGCCCCGACGCUCAGCAAUGGCAGCGGUGGAGGUGGUGGUGGUGGAGGUGGCGGAGGAGGAGGAGGAGGAGGAGGAGGUGGUGGAGGAGGAGGUGGCAACAGUGGACCCUCGAAUGGAGGCGGUGGUUCCGGUGGUGGCAGUGGAGGCCUGGGCGGAUGUGCCCCCACCGGAAAUGGCCAUCACGGUGGAGCAGGUGGUGGCGGAGGAGGUGGCGGCGGAACGGGCGGAUCCGGCGGCAACGGCACCGGCACCAGCGGCGGCGGAACCGGAAACGCCGGCGGCACCGCGACCAACGGCAACGGUUCGAGCGCGGGUGCCGGCGGCGAAAGUGGCCCACCGUCGGCGGCCAGCAUCCUGAACGACACCUACACCAAGAUGACGUCGGACAUCCUGGCGGAACGGACGCUGGGCGACUUUCUGUCCGAGCACCCGGGCGAGCUGAUCCGAACCGGGAGUCCUCUGUUUGUGUGCACAGUGCUGCCCCCGCACUGGCGCUCGAAUAAAACACUUCCGGUCGCGUUCAAGGUCGUCGCGCUCGGCGACGUCGGCGACGGCACGAUGGUGACGGUGCGGGCCGGCAACGACGAGAACUACUGCGCUGAGCUACGCAACUGCACUGCGGUCAUGAAGAACCAGGUGGCCAAAUUCAACGAUCUUCGAUUCGUGGGUCGCAGUGGUCGUGGCAAAAGCUUCACGCUUACCAUCACUAUAUCAACAAGUCCACCCCAGGUGGCCACCUACAACAAGGCGAUCAAGGUGACGGUGGAUGGACCGCGCGAGCCAAGAUCGAAAACAACAUCUUUCGUAGGGCAACAGCAGCAGUUCCAUUUCGCGUUCGGACAACGGCCAUUCCACUUCCCGACCGACCCGCUGUCCAGCUUCCGGAUGCCGCCACUAGGUAAUUGUCAGAACAUGUCCCAGUUCGGGCUGAGCUCGACCAACUCGCACUGGAGCUAUAGUUCGACAGGUCCGUACUCGCCGUAUCUGACCUCCUGCACGACACCGACCGCGUCCCAGUUUAACAACCCCGCGCUCGGGUUCACCUGCAGCUCGGGCGAGCAGAACGGUGGCCAGGACUUCUCCGCGUCAGCGCGCGAUUGCGUCACGAUGCUUCCGGACUCGACGGCGGCCGACCUGGACCAGCACCUGAGCAGCCUAGUUGGCGCGACACAACAGGCAACAAGCCACAUGGUACAGACCAACAUCAUGGCUGGUGGAGGCGGUGGAGGCGUCACAGGCAACACAGGCAAUGGUAGCGGCAAUGGAGGCAACGGCGUUGGCAGUAACGGCAACGGCUUAACUACGCAGAUCCCAACGCACAUCUCGAACGGCUUGAUCGUGCCACGGUACGCGCAAACGGCUGGAUCUAACAACCACGCGGACGCAUACGGGCUCACCAGCAGUCAGAGUGGCCCGCGUAGCCUCAGCGACUCCUCACAGGCUGAAUCGCCUGUUCAGGACGAUCUGCUGUCCUCCAACACGCCCAACCUCGGCAGCAGUGGCCCCAGCUCAACCACGGGCGGUGGCGGCGGCGGCGGUGGAGGAGGAGGAGGAGGUGGAGGCGGUGGCGGCGGUGGUGGUGGCGGCGCAGGAGGCGGUGGAGGCGGCCAUCAUCAGAACUUCACGAGCAUUGUGAUGAAUCAGAGCACCGGCGGCUCGAACGCGUCGGCGGCGUCCAACUACGUCGGCUCGAACGGCACCGGAAGUUGCAACGGGUCGCCCCUCUACCCCGUCCUGCCCGCCAGCCUGCUGUACUCCCAGCUCUACACGGCGGCCAACCAGUCGGUGGGGGGCUUUGGCCACUCGGUGAACCACCACCAUCACCACAUCCAGUCCCCGCAUGGGGCCGCCGCGGCAGCCGCCGCCGUCGCCGUCGCCACCGGCGGCAGUCCUGGCCAGAAUAGUGCGUCGGCAGCCGCCGCCACAGCCGCCGCAGCCGCCAUGCACGCUGGUGAGCUGCAGAGUGUGAUGGAUCACUUGACGGCGGGCACGAACCAGGCGGCGGCUGUGGCGGCGGCUGCCGUCUCACACCGGCAUCAUCACCAUCAUCACCAUCAUCACCAGGGCGGCACGAAUCUGAUCGGUGGCCAUGGCGGCCAAGGGGGUGGUGGUGGUGGUGGCGGUGGCGGUGGCGGCGGCGGCGGCGGUAAUGGCCACCCGGAUCUAUCGCUUAUCGGCAAUUGUGGGGCGAUGGCACGUGGCGCCCUUGAUGACACAGGUCACCGGGUACUGGGUGGGGGUGGGGUGGGUGGCGGCCGACUGGGGGGGCCACCGGGCGGCUCCGGCCAGGUCGGGCAGGCGGCCGACAACGGCAACUCGGUCUGGCGGCCAUACUGA